CCCACAAUUCAACGCGAAAAAUCCGAUGGAGACUGAUCUGGUGAUUGAUAUUCAGACAAGAAAAACGGUAUUUAUUUAACAACAUGCGCCCAAAAAAUAUCCUGUUACGCAGUCGUCAAUAUAUUUAGCAAACAGAGAAUCACAUUGCAAGAGCAGAUUGUUACAAUAUUAGGAGUUACUCGAAGAAUUCUGCGGUUAGAAGAACAGCCUUCAAGAAAAUAUGGCCGCCCACUGCAUUUUGUGGUGAUUUUUCGCCUUACAUUGAUUUGUUCAAAGAGAGAAAGCUAAUGAAACUAGAAAACCAUCAAGAAUCCAAUAGAUUGAAGAUAUAAUAUUUUACAAUGGCGGGAACAGCAGGUCGUGAUGAUCCUUGGAGAAUAUCUGGUGAGGAUCGUGCUAAACAUGAUUCACAGUUCUUUCAACUCAAACCCGUCAAUGGAUUUGUCACAGGUGACCAAGCUAGAGGUUUCUUUUUACAGUCGGGUUUACCCAAUCAAGUAUUAGGACAAAUAUGGACAAUAGCAGAUAUGAAUGGAGAUGGAAAAAUGGACAAAAAAGAGUUUUCAAUUGCCAUGCAUUUAAUCAAAAAGAAACUACAGGGAUAUGAGCUACCACGAACAAUACCCCCAAGUUUAAAAGCUGAUCCUUCACCUGUGAUUGGUUCUUUUGGUGCCCAACCAAUGAGCAUGGGAAUGGGAGCACCUGCUGCUGCAGGAUUUGGAAUGGGCAGAGGUAUGGUACCAAUGAGUAUGAGUAUGCCAGGCGCCUCCUUACAGACUGCUACCAUGACAACAGGAGCUAUGGGAAUGCCACUUAUGGCCAAUGGAAUGGCAGCAGGCAUGCAACAACAACAAACAGGAUUCAUGGCACCUGCUAUGGGUGGUGUUGGCGUGCAGCCAGGUCAAAGUGCUGGUGGAGGCACAUUUAGUUGGGCUAUACCACAUCCUAAUAAAUUAAAAUAUACUCAAUUAUUUAAUACAAAUGAUAGAAAUAAGAGAGGAUUUCUAACAGGUGUAGAAGCUAGAGCUAUAUUGGUUCAAUCUGGUUUACCACAACCACUGUUAGCCCAAAUAUGGACAUUGUCUGAUGUAGAUAAUGAUGGUAAAUUAACCUGUGAUGAGUUCUGUAUAGCUAUGCAUCUUUCGGAUGUGGCAAGACUUGGUCGACCACUUCCACCCAGACUACCCCAAGAACUCUUUCCAGUCGGUAUGAAACCACCGGCUGCUGGAGGGUUUGUGGCACCUGUUUCUGGUGUCAGUGCUCCUGGUGGACCUCCACCUCCCCAGAAAGAUUCGUUUGGGGAACUUCUGGGUGGGUUUGGUAUGCCCAUGCCUGUUGCUGCACCAAUUCAGCCACAAACUAAUGGUGAUGCCAAAGCUGAAGAAGAAUUAAAAAUGCCAGUAACAUUUGAAGAUAAAAGAAAAGAUAAUUUUGAUCGAGGUCAAGCUGAAUUAGAAAAACGUCGUCAGAUGCUUCAAGAACAGUUGAAAAGAGAGGAAGCCGAGAGACAGGAAAAGGAAAGAAAGGAACAAGAAAAACGUGAACGUUUUAGACGAGAGCAAGAAGAGAAGAGAAUGAGAGAGUUAGAGAGACAGAUGGAAAGACAACGACAAAUAGAACAAGAGAAAGAGGAACAGAGAAGAAAAAUAAUGGAACAAAGAGAGUCUGCUAGAAGAGAAUUGGAAAGGCAAAGACAGAUGGAAUGGGAAAGACAAAGAAAAGAACAGUUAUUAUCUGAAAAACAGAGGGAAUAUGAACAAUUAGCCAAUUUAAAACUUCAAGAUAGUCAUUUGAAAAAUGAACUAGAAGCUUUGGUAAGUUCGUAUGAAAUUACUUAA